AUGUCCAAGGUUGAAUCUCAAACCAGAAGCUCAAUGCGAAUAAUUCACAAAUCAAUUUCUAAAGCUGUUCAAGAUAUGAGCAGUUCUCAAAUUGCUCAAGCCAGAAUGCUUUCAGCACAAUCAAUGCUUCCAUCUCUGUCCAUGCAUCCUUCUGCCGCCAAUAUGUUACAAAAAUCUUUGAAUGUUAUUCCAAUUCAAGCUCAAUCGUUCGGACCUUCAGACACCAAUACGACAUCCACACAAGAAAGAUCAAAAGAUUUAAAGAAUUAUGAGAAUUGCACCUCAACGUGUUAA